AUGGACAGCCUUGCCUUCACCGUGAUGCCUUCAUUUGGUGUCCUGUCAAUCUGGGGGACUCUCGCAGUUUCAGUUGUUCUGUGUCUCGUCGCCAAAUCAAUAUACAAUGUCUACUUCCACCCUCUGUCCCGUUUCCCCGGACCAAGGCUCUGGUCUCUCACCCGGCUAUGCUGGACGGUCUCUCUUGCUCGUGGAGAUCUCCAUCUGAAAAUCAAGUCCUUUCACGAUCGUUACGGAAGUAUUGUCCGGGUCGCUCCCGACGAGCUUUCGUUCAUUGACGGAUCAGCCUGGCAGGACAUCUACGCCGGCAGCCAACGCAACAAAGGCCUGCCCAAAAACGACGUUAUCUUCGGCGCGCAGCAGUUCCGCAGCAUUUUGGACGGUACCGACGAGGAGCAUACGCGGAUGCGAAAGGUGCUGGCGUCCUCGUUCUCCAACAAAAACACAGAUAAACAAGAGGGCCUGCUUCAGCGAUAUCUCGAUAUACUUAUCCGCAACCUCCAUCAAGUCGCGCGGAAUAGCAAAGCCAUCAACGUUGUUGAGUGGUACACUUGGUUUGCCUUCGAUACCACUGGCGAGCUGGCAUUCAGCGAAUCGUUCAACCAGCUCGAACAAACUAUCUCCCAUCCUUGGGUGCAGAUGAUUACAAGCCAUCUCAAAUACUCUGCAUUGAGCGUCUGUCUUCGCUUCUAUUCGCCGCUCGAUCGGCUCAUGCCUCUGAUUGCGCCUCCAUCGCUGCAUCGUCUGAAAUGGUCUUUCAUCAGUAUGGCUCGCGAGAAGGUCUUUCGCCGUAUGAAUAGGCCCGACUCUAAAGGGCUAGACGACAUCUUUGGUGCCUGCAACACACCAAGCGACGAAAAACCGAUCCAGAUGACCACUGAAGAGCUAGUCGGAACGUUCACCUUCCUUAUCGUCUCCGGCAGCGAAACUACAGCCACCGUGCUAACUGGGAUCACCAACUACCUCUGCCACAACCCCCGAGUGCUCAAGCUGCUAACAGACGAACUCCGAUCUGUUCCAGAGGAAGGGGGUCUGACCCUGGCCUCUACAGCCACAAUGCCCUACCUCAACGGCGUGAUCAAGGAAGGCAUGCGACUAUGCCACCCCGUCCCAGGCGCACUUUCACGAGUCGUCCCUCCAGAGGGCAAGGUAAUCGGGGGCCACUUUGUCCCUGGCAAUACUCUUGUCGGCAUCUCCCCCUUUGCGGCAUACAUUUCCGACUCCAACUUCGCCUCACCCUACGAGUUCACGCCGGAGCGCUGGCUGGGCGAUCAGGAGGAUAAUAAUAGAAACAUUUUCCAACCAUUCUCAGUCGGCGGACGCAACUGCAUCGGGCAGAACCUAGCCUGGGCGGAGAUGCGACUGAUCCUCGCGCGGGUGCUGUACAAUUUCGACAUCGAGCAGGCCGGGGGCCGGGAUUGGAUGGAGAAGAAGUCGUAUCUUUUGUGGGAGAAGGACCCGCUCCUGAUUAGGGUAAAGGCUGCGAGGGAGGGGGGCUUUUAUUUGUUGGGGUGA